AUGGAGUAUUUCGAGAGCAGCCCAUCAUCGUUGAAGCCGAGUCAUGUAUAUAUCAGCUUUCGAGGCGAUGAAGGCAAUCGUAAAUUCAUCCAUAGCCUUUCGGCUGCUCUCAAAGCAGAAGGCUUCAGAAUCUUCGGAGACGAUAAGAAGCAUGAAAAGCCAGACUCCAAUCUUCCACCUCACCUUCUUCAAGCAAUUGAUGAGUCCUGGAUUUGGAUUGUUGUCUUCUCCAAAAACUAUGCUUCUUCAUCUUGGUGUUUGAACGAACUAGCUGAGUUUGCGCGGUUUACCUUAGUACAAUAUCGCUAUGUAGAUCCAGUGAUUGUUGAACGUGAACAAAGGUUCGAAGCAGAAAUAGACCGGAUCCAAAAUCCUUCGCUCAACAUAUUGAACAAGCAUACGAGCAAUUCGAGGCACCCUACUUGA